AUGUCGAAAUCAGGUGCUUCUCCACAUAAUAGCCUACCGUGGAAUGAUAUGACUGACAUCAUGACUCCAAAUGGACAACCCGCGGCAGAGUGCCCUGUUCCUGCACUACCAUCUACUCCUCAUAAUUGCCCAAACGCGACAUCGAUGACAAAACGGUCGGUACCAGCUGGCCACUUCUCUGGGACCAUUGGCAAGACCGAGGGAGAAGAAGCCAAGCUAGCACCUGUUGAGGUAACUGAAAAGGAUUUCCCUGGGACUGCUUCAGGAAAUGUUCGGGACCCCCCAAUUCAGCUGAACAUGCUUCCUGCCGUGCCUCAAGCUGGAAUGCACAAUAACCACCUCCAGGUUGACGAUUCGCCAGGCACUCAUUCAUUUCUCUCUAUUUGUUAUCCAGGCUCUCUCUGCACUACGGCAUUUCUUGAAGAGCUGCUGUGGCUACCGAGCCUUACUUUCAAUAUCCGAUUCCUCCCUGACUACCAAUCCGAUUUUCCUCACAUGCAUGCCAAAGUGAGAUCUGAAAAGCCUGCAAGCCCCUCUGACAAUGACCAAACUACUGCUCAACAAUCAGUGAUACCUUUGCAUUGUGCGGCACAUGCAUCCGGCGCGGCUGCAUUGGUAAGUUGCGCGAGACGUCCUAUGGUGAUCGUGUUGAGCCACGGUCCACCAAUAGUAAAUCGGAUGCCGACAGUAAACAAAAAGGCGCUUCGUGAGGUUGAUGAAACUUCCACUGAUCACGCAAGGCCACAACAACCGAGAUUCACUUUGUCGUCUUCCCUCCGUAGCACUGGUCCAAGAACACUCGACUGGACAAGCAAGACAUCUGGGGCUCAGCAGACUCGUGAUGGUCGAGGGAGGCCGACAGCAUCUGUGGAGAUAAAGAUCAACAUGUUUGUUUCUAUCCGUGACGGUGGUUCCAGGAACGUCCCGAUACCCGAGAACACCCAUCACAAAGUUAACCCUCAGAUCUACGUGGACAAAAUAAGAGUACGCGUUUGCCACGACGGGAUCCGCAGUUCGAUGGCGUCGGGCUCUUUUACUGGUUGCAACUCGAUUUGCGAUAACGCUCAAAUCUCGGCUCGCUUCCGCGCUUCAGCAACGGCGCAUAGCACUCCUGUGGAAUCGUUCCCUUCACCGUUGCUGCGUGGGUUGAGUCUUCAUAGGUGUCAAGCGCAUCCACAGUCCACGACAGCACUUUCCCCGUUUGGGCCAAGAACCGUCUUCUGGGCGGACGCGCAAGCCAUCUCAUCGCCUCUCAUCACCUCUCAUCAAGCUUUGUGGUCGACGCAUGGCCCCAUCCCUCGUGGACUUGCUGUCGCUCAGAACCAACCGCUUGCCAACACGCCGUCAUCCAAGACAGCCGCUCCACUCCCUCCUCCAAUGAAAUGUACCAAGCCCACUGCCCAGGCUAUGCAUCCUUGGCCACACUCAGUGGAAGCGCUCUUGCGCCAGCCUGAGGAAGAAUUUAUAGAUAUUUGCUGUUGCCUUCGCUAG